AUGCUCUCUUGUUAAGAAGGUGACCAUGAAUAGGGUGAAAUAAUGGCAGUUUUUACAAAUAGCAGUUGCCCAAAAUAAGGAUUGUGUUGUCUUGAAUGCCUUAAAUAAAUUCAUAAUUCCCAUUUAUAAGAUGCGAUCAAUUUUAGGGAAUAUAUUAAUAGGAAAAAAAGUAAAUUAGAAACUCUAAAGACUAUUAAAGACUUCAUUACUCAAUUGCAAUCAUUGGCAGCAACACUAUCUGAUUUGAUAAAUGAAUUAUCAAUAAGCGAUGAAUUAAUCUAAAACCAGAGCUCCUAGGAUCUUACUAGAGACAUAAAAAAUAUAAUUAAAAUAGAAAAAUCAGACAAAUUAAUAUUAAGCAAAUUACCUAAUAUUGUAACUUAGAUUUCUGCACUUAAACAAGAUAUAAAAUCUAUUUAAAGUUCAUAAGGUACUGAUAUAUUUUUAAAAAGGCCCAUCUUAGGUAAUUGAGGAAUAGUCAGCAAGAUCUAUUAUUAUUUCUACUUCAGGAUAGAGUAUUUAGAGCAAUAACAACAAUUCACAAGUGAUGAAUAUUUAAGUGUAAUCAAGCUUUACAUUCUCAAAGAUAAAUAAACAUGAAGAUAUUUUACUUAAUUUUCAAAACAAUGAGGCAAGAAGUUCAUCCAUUUUCUCAUAAACAAGGUACAUUUUAAGUGAGGAGGUGAUAACUGAAAAUUCUAUUUCCAGAAUCAAAGUUUAGUGUGGUGAAGCUGUGUCGAUUGGUAUUUGCCAUUAGAAUAUAGUAUUUCAUAAUGACAAUGUUUUUGAAGGUGCAUUUUAUGGGUAUAUAUAAGUGUCCACAUAUCAAGUGCAUACAUCUUAAGUAAUGAAGGAAUUGUAACAACGUGCUUAAAAGGGGUAAAGAAUUCCUAGGUGAAGUUUGUUGAAAUAAAUUUUGGCGAUACCAUAGUUGUAGAGGUUAAUCUUAGAGCAAGGAAAAUAACGUGGAGCAAUGAAACAGCAAAAAGAAAAAUUGUAUUGUAUUAAUUUACUCUUAGGCUUUAGAAUUGUAUGAUGAUGUAAAGGUAUUUAACUUUAUUUUUGGGCUAAAAAGCUCAGUUUUUGGCAGUACUUUUGUGAAGAUAUUACCCUGAAUUAUUU